CUCUCCUUGGAAACAUUUCAAGCACUCUUAUAUUUCUCCCUUCCCAUUUCUCAAAAUUAAAUUACAUGAUUUUAGUUCUAGUUUGCAUGUAAUAUACAUCCUCUACAAUGGUUUCACAAACCUGCAGCUCUAGUCUUCCUCCUGGAUUUCGAUUCCACCCAACCGACGAAGAGCUGAUCAUGUAUUACCUUCGUAACCAAGCCACCUCACAACAAUUUCCCGUUCCCAUUAUCGCAGAAGUUGAUAUUUAUAAAUUUGAUCCUUGGCAAUUACCAGAGAAGGCGGAGUUUGGAGAAAAUGAAUGGUACUUCUUUAGCCCUCGUGAAAGGAAGUACCCUAAUGGGAUGCGACCCAACAGGGCUACUCUAUCGGGUUAUUGGAAGGCAACGGGCACGGACAAGGGCAUAUAUAGUGGGUCCAAAUAUGUAGGGGUGAAGAAAUCUCUAGUAUUUUACAAGGGUAGACCACCAAAGGGAGUCAAGACUGAUUGGAUCAUGCACGAAUAUCGCUUAUGUGAUUCACGUAAUCAAGCCAAAAAGCAAAACGGAUCCAUGAGAUUGGAUGAUUGGGUCCUGUGUAGGAUUUACAAGAAGAAGCAUACGGUUGGGAAAAUUUUCGAUCAGAAAAUCGACGAAUCUGACUCGAAAAUUGAGAUACAAGGGGGUAAGGAUGUUAUUGACCACCAAGAAAAGAAUAAAUUUUCAAGGACAUAUUCCGUUUCCCAUCUUUUGGAUCUGGAAUUCAUGGGGCCAAUUUCAGAGCUGCUAAUAAGUAGUCAAAAUACAUGCAAUUCAGGCUUUGGUUUCCAAACCAGUACUAUAGAUGAUGCUGAAAUGAACCUAUUUACAGAUUUGGCGAAAUUUCAGGGUGGCAUCUUGAACCAGCAAGCAUACAUGAAUCCAAUGGGACAUCAAUUUCCGUGAUCUUAAUUGUCAAAUACUGUGACUUAAAGAAUAGGAAUGUAAAUUUUGGUUGGCUGGACAUGAUCAAGAAAUACCUUGUGCAUUCAAAAAUUGUAAAUAUUGUUUGGCUGGAAUAAUAUAACACACGUUAAUUG